AUGGUCAAGGACGCGGCUACCAUCAAGAGCCUCACUGCCAGCACAGUGAAGUCCAUUGAGCUGAAUGAGCGCCAGGCGUGCGACGUCUUCUGUUUGCUCAGUGGCGCCUUCAGCCCCCUCACAGGCUUCAUGGAGGAGGCUGCCUACAACUCCGUGGUGAAGGACGCUGCACUGAAAACGCAGCAAGAGCUGGAGGUCGAUGCUGCGGCAAAGAAGCAGAAGGCCGAGAAAGAGAGGAUUCGCAAGCUGAUCAUCACUUUAGGUGAUGAGAACAAGAAAGUCGUCUCUCAAAUCCGUGGCCUGGCUGCAGCGCUGGAGGACGACAUUCCAUUGCAUGGUGAUCUCAUACGACGAACUCUGAUCGAGUGUGCAAAGUCCCUGCCUGUGAAGUCUGGUAUUUAUGCGGCCUGGCUAUCGAAGAUGGCCGAAAAGCACCCCGAGUGGUCUGCGAGUGUCGUCUCUAACUCGCUGGAAGAGCUCAGGGCAGCCAUCCAGGGCGGACGGACUGCUAACACCCAGUUGCUCCUGCGAUUCCUCGUGUCUUUGGCCAACACGGGUGUGGUCGGUGUCAAUGAUGCACUGGAGUUCUUGAAGGAGGUGAUGGGUUUAGGCCAGAACCUGCCACCAAACAAAGGAGGCGAUUUCGCCUGUUUCAUGGUACUUGCGCAGCUUCCUUUUCUCAGCGCCGCAGCCUACCAGCAGGGCAAGGACAAAGUCGAUGGGCUCCUGGCAGACGCGGCGAAGCACCUGCAAUCUCGAGAUCCCAAGUGGACAUCUUUGCUUCAAACCACGGAAGGGGCUGACCUCUCAGACAGGUUGGAGGAGAUCCACAAAGGCUUGCAAGGCCUGUCCUCAAACAGCUGGUCUUCACAGGUUGUUCUCCAUGUGCCUGGCACCCAAGCCGCUGCAGAUGGUGUGGCCGGGAUGCCGGACGUGAAGUUGGACAUGACGGCAGAGGACUUCGGCAAGACUCGGCCGCGGCAGCCAGUUCCAAUAGUUGCUGCGAAGCUUCUCACCUCGCAAAUGGAUGCAGGUGAGUCUCUGUCCAUCGCAGAUAGAUGGGUCUUGGAAGACUACGUGCUGCUCACCGUUGAGAUGUUCUCCAGCGAUGUGGAAGAGUGCAGCAAGCAGCUUUUGAGGAUACCGGUCCUACAUCCACACUUUGAAGCUAUAGUUGUGGAAAUCCUCUUCUGCCAAAUGCUGCAGCUGCCUGUGCCAAGGCUAGCGCCUCUAUUCUAUUUCCGGCUUAUGGAAGUAUGUGCUGAGAAGCAGACCUCCAUGAAGAAGCUGAUUGAUGCUGCUUUUCAAGCGUUGUUUCGGAAUUUGGAAGAUCUGGAUGAGGAUUGCCUGGAUGUACUUGCAGAUGCCUUCGCAUGUCGGCUGUCAGACAAUGCUUUCCAAGCAGAUUUCACCCUCUUGGUUGGGCCCAAGUCAACGGACCAGGCGAAGCGCUUUGCCCAGUGGACUUUGCAAAAGCUGCAGCGAUUGUUGGAGCAUACGAACAUGAUGUCAAAGCUGCCGGAGGCGCUGCGCUCCAUAGCACCGGCAGAGCCCAAGCCAGCCAGCGGGCUCCCCGUGGUCUCAAAGCCUCAAUUCGGUCGCAUGAUCAAUCUCGUGAGACUCAAGGAUGCGAAUGCAGAGAAAGUCAUGGAGUUUUGCCAGUGGCUCAUGAAGUCCGGAGACCAGGCCAAGGAUGACUCGGCCGGUGGAAAAGCAGAAGAGGACAAGGACGAGCCCGACGCGAAGCGGCAAAAGACGGAAGCUAAUCCUCAAGUCCAUGAGGAUUUCGGAGAGCCGCCUUUGGAGCCGUGGCGCUUGGAGGAGGUGGCUGAGCUGGUCCUUACUGUGAUGCUGCAGCAGGGUCACAAGACCCCCACUCACAUGGCAAAGAUCCUGGAUGGGCAUGUAGAGGUGCUGAUGAAGCUGAACCCUGAGGAUGAGUCUGCAGCCGACAGCUUCGGCAAGGCUUUGGCCAAAUGCGUCUUCGAGUUUUGGCGGGCAAAUGGGCAGCGGCUGGAGAUCACGAUCGAUUCUUUGCUGAACAGGAAGGUGCUUUCUCCUCGACCUGUCGCGGAGGUUGCACUGUUGAGCAAGGACCUUGAUUCCAUGCACAUACGCAACGUUCUGCACACCGCUGUCAGGAAAGGCCUGGACCGUCUGCAGUCAUCACGAACAGAGCUGGCUGUUGCAAAGAAAUUGGUUCAGGAAGAUGCCUUGGAGAAACGCCGGGCCGAGCUGGAGAAUGCAAUUCAGCAGGUAGCAUCUCUGUUCUUGUGCAUAUUCACUGGCUUGGUGAGAAACGUGGAGGACGCUCGCAAUGAUGCCAGCCUUUGCAAAAUCAGGCUGCGUAGAAUUGCAGCCGUUGGUCGCAGAUACCUCUCAGACAUCAGGCCGCUAGUGGAUGCUGCGGGGAGCAAGAUUCCCGGGGUCUCUAGCAACCCGGACAUCGCCGAAGUCUUCGCGACACUAGGCACCUUAUGA